AUGCGAACUAAAAGAACCAAUAGAAAAGCUGUUGCUACCAAAGCAUCAAAAGGCAAAACAGAUAAACAAGUGGUGGUGUUGCAUUCUGAUGGCAGUAAAAGUUUCUUGGAGACGGUUGACGUUGAAUCUUUGUCGCAAAGUAAUAAAGAAAAAACUAUUAAAAGAGAAUCAAGAAACGAAUAUGAAAAAAUUGAGUUUAUGGAUGUUGAUUCAAAUGAUGAAGAAGUUGUGCAAGAGAAAGAUAUUGGGAAGCAUGAUGAACCGAUAAGUCUUAUUCAAUCAGGAAAUAAAGAUGGAGAGGAUGAAAGUGAUGAAUUCGAAGAGGUAGUGGUACCCGAAUAUGAACCAAAUGAAGCACAACCACAAUACUCUUAUGACAAUUAUGUGAAGCUAAAACCAGAGCAAGAGAAAACAAUCGAAAUAACUUUCUCCGCUCCAGCAAUAAAAGCACGCGGAAUCUCAAAAAUGGAUCGUGUUAUUCGAACUGGGAUUCACAAAAUACACGUGAUGUCUCUUUUAGCACAUGGCAUGAUUCGAAACAGAUGGUGUAAUGAUACGCUUACGCAAGCACUGUUAUGUUCGUUGAUUCCAGCGAGUUCACUUGAAGGUUUUUCAAAGAAUGUAGAGGAUCACUCUAUAUCUGAUUUGAAAAUUCUAUUAGAUCCUUUAUGUUCGUGGUGGCGAGAUUAUUUUGAUAUUACUAGACUUGGAAUUUGUUCCCGAGAUUAUAAUGAAUUUGGGGUGAAGGGAGUUUCAGAGGAGAAUCAAAAAGAUUUUGCUGAUUGGGUUCCUUCUGUCCACGCUCUUCGAACCGCUAUCAAAGAAGGCAAAGGAAGCAAAGACACUUCUGCACAGUUGUUUGUCGCGUUGUUGAGAUCAUUAGGUUUUUCUGCUCGAUUGAUAAUUUCGUUGCAAGCUGUUUCGUUUAAAUUUGCGGCUAAAAAGCCUGCGAUAAAGAAAACACCUGUAAAACGAAAAAAUUCUUUUAAGGUGACUUCGAAAAAUAAUCAAGAAGAUGAGGUCGAAGAAGAAUCUUCUAUUGUGUAUACCCAAGAAGCUAAAAGAAAACGCAGCAUCAAUAAUUCUUCAAGUUGCAAAAAAGUCAAGACUGAAAGUAAGGAUAAAAUUGUUACCACGGGAAAAGUCAGCAAGUAUUUCACUACUCAAGUAAAUCAAUCAAAUGCGUCCCAAUCAAAAGAGAGUCCAAGUCGCAAAAUGGAAAAUACUGAUUCGGAUGGUUCUGAAGAUGAAAAAGGUUUUACCCUACUCUCAAGAACACGAUCACUUCGUUCAUAUGCUUUCCAGACAAAGAAUGAAACACCUGCUGCAAAAGAUCAAAGUGAAAAUGAUGAAAGUUCCGAACAUAGCGACUCUCAACCUUCUACUAAAAAAAGUAUUCGCAGAUCACCUCGACUCCAAAAAACUAAAUCAAGGGCACUGAAGAUUGAUAGUUCAAGUGAAAAUGAUGAAGGAAAAGAGAAACAUGAUGAAGAAGCAGAAAGUGAUUAUUAUGAGCCAAUUGUUCUUAUAGAGACAAAAGAAGUCGCUGAUGAUUUUAAGCCACCUUCUCCAAAUAAAUCACGAGCAAGAGCGAAUAGCUCUGCCAAAGCAAAAAACAACUCAAACAGUGUUACAGAAUACGAGGAACCACCGGUUUAUUGGUGCGAAUUAUACUCAGAAAUUGAUAAAAGAUGGUUUUGCGUGGAUCCGAUAAGAGCCAUCAUUGAUGAUCCUCACGCUAUGGAACCGGUUAAUUCUUCUACUAAUAAUGUAAUGGCGUAUGUUGUGGCUUUUGAAAAGGACCUUUUUAUUAAGGAUGUUACUCGUCGGUAUGCUUCUAAAUGGGGUGCACAUACACGUAAGCUACGAAUUCAACCAACUAAAAACGGAUAUGAUUGGUGGCAAGAAACAUUAAAUUAUCGAGUUCGAUUUUAUGAAACGGAACGUGAUAAAUUAGAAGACAAGGAAUUAUCUUCAACACAAAUUUCUGAGGCGAUUCCCACGACCAUUAGCGCUUUUAAUAAUCAUCCAUUAUAUGUUCUUGAACGUCAUUUGAAAAAAUUCGAGAUACUACAUCCAAAGGAACCAAUACUCGGGGAAAUUCGUGGUGAACCGAUUUAUCCACGUGAAUGUGUUAAACAGUUGCACACUGUUGAAACGUGGUUAAAGGAUGCUCGCGAAAUCAAGGAAGGUGAACAACCCCUGAAGUAUGUAAAAGCUCGUGCGGUCACACUAAGCAAGAAAAAGACAGAUAAAAUGUCCGAAUACUUUGGCGAUGCGCCAAGGGAAUCUGGAUUAUAUGCAGAAUGGCAAACAGUCCCAUAUAACCCGAAACAUAUAAUUGAUGGUAAGAUUCCUGUAAACACGUAUGGUAACGUGGACAUGUUCCAACCAAGCAUGUGUCCGAUCGGAGCUGUCCAUAUACCAAUUCGUGGUAUUGCCAAAGUCGCCAAGAAACUUGAGAUUGAAUUUGCCGAAGCUGUCACCGGUUUCGAUUUUCACUGUCAUCGAUGUAUACCCAUAGUUGAGGGUAUUGUUGUCGCUAAAGAGAAUGAAGAGGUUGUCCUAGAGGCAUGGAGAGAACAUUCAGAAGUAGUAGCAAUACAAGAAGCAGCGAAACGACGAAAGAAAGCGUUAACCAGAUGGCGUAAGCUCGUCGUCAAGAUGCGGAUUCGGCUACGCGUCAGUCAACAAUUUGCUGAAAAAAUAGAAGAACGAGCAGAGAGUGGCGAGAGUGAGUUCGAACACGAUGACGAGGACGAGUUAAUGCAUGAUGAUAAUGAAGAGGAGGAAGAGAAGCAGAAUAAGGGUAAGGUCAAGGAAGUGGAUGAUUAUGAUGAUGGGAUAAAGGUUCAAGUAGGCGAGCCCUCUAAAUAUGCUGGAGGCUUUAUCAUGGACUUUGAGGAAUAG